CCACGACAUCAGCUGUAAUACUCUUGCUUCAAGUAUUGUAUUAGUUUAUGAAAUGGUUGAAGUGUACGGAUGAGAUAGAAGAGAUAGAUAGAAGAAGAGAGUAGAAAGACGAAGAAGAAGAAGAAAGGAAAUAGAAAAGAAGGUUUAAGGACACAUCAUAAAGACAAAAGCAGGAUGUGAUGAUGUUAUUCUGUUUAGAACUGAUGUACUGAUAAGUGAAAUAAAACACAAGGUUUAGCUAAGGGAGAAAGAACAAGGAAAAGAAAAAGGAAAAAAGGAAAAAACAGAACAAGAGAAGACAAGAAAAGGAAAGAAAGAAAAUAAAACAAACAAACUUAUGUACGGGAAACACUUGCUAUUCGUGAGAGAGGGACAGAGUGACACCUAGUAAUGAGAAAAGAGUGCCUAACGAGAGGUGUGUGUGUGGCACUCCUGGCCUCGCUGGCACUAACUGUGGUGGGACUCGUGGCAUUCCUGGUGGCUCUGCUGACGACCACGUUGCGCUGAAGGAGUGAAGGAGACACUCGCGUCUUUUGAGGAUAUUUUAUUCUUCGUUUUUUGAAAGGCCGGACCGCCGCCCGUAGACCGCCAUGGCUUCGCGAUCGGACAGCGGCAACGAGACCCGUGGGUCCUCGGAGUCUGACAAUUCGCCCACGCAAACGCCCACGCCCACACGGGAGCUCCUGCACCACCACGCCCACCGCGACCUCCACCCGUACGCCCGCGAGAAGCAGCAUCCGUACCAGCCACAGGAGGUCUCCCAAGUGGCCCUGCAGCCGCCGCCCACGUCUUCCUCCACCUCCGGGCCGCCCUCAGUCAGACACUCGUCCGGCGCCCACCGCAUCACGCCCACGGUGCGUUCGACGCCCAUCAUCACCUCGUCCGUCAGAAGCACGCCACGCGGGGAGCUCCUCCACCAGAACGACAACCACGCCCACAGCCACGCCCUCCCAGAGGUCAACGCCCAUCGCCCGGCCGGCGCUGCCUUCGAGACUCACGCCCUCGUCCUCUUCCUCCACGAGGCUAACGCCCACCGCCCACCACGGGCAGAGGCCGCCCCUCAGGCCGCUCCCGAGGAGACCCCCUUCGUCAGGCAUGGGGUCCGCCGGCUCGGUGCACGCGGGGGCGCCCCUGGGACCCCUCGCCUCCGCCCGGGGUCGCCAGAGGAACAGUGUGGCGGUGGUGGACUCGCGCGAGCACAUCUACGAGGACCUGGACCUGUGCCGGGGUCCUCCCAAACUGGCGCCCGUCUCUGGGGUCCUGCCGCAGCUCACCCAUGGGACACUUUGGGCGUGGCGCGGGGACCCAUGGGCGUUGUACCUGCGCUGGAUGACUUACCUGAGGGCGUGAUUGGCUUCUGGCGCGCCCUCGGGAAAGACUCGGAGAGCGCUUAUAGGCCUACCAAGCGUAAUGAGAAUCUUGACCUCGCCCCCUUAUUCAUGCAUGGCCUCUCGGGUGCGGCGCCCACAGCCAGGCCAACGGCUCUUAGCUUACGCCCACUGCAAGGGUGUGAACUCUUUUGA